AUGGCGCGCAAUUAUAGUCUUGCAUUCCCCCGCUUGGCGCUGUACACAUUACUCUGGGCUAUUGCAGUCGUCCUGCUGGGCCUAACGUCGUACCGCAUCCAUUUCACGAAGCAUGAGUUCAGACGCUACCAGAGUAUUGUUGUCGAGCUAUUGGUCUCAGCCAUCCUGACAAUUCUUUGGGUACCGUUUGUGGCUGUAAUGAUAUUUGCUGCACGUUCUUCGAGGCGUGAACACGUCGGCACCCAGAUUUGUUUCGAGCUGUUGGUAUUAGCCAUCUUAUGGGUGAUGUGGCUCGUCGGUGCUGUAGACACAACCAACCGCAUUAUUCCCGGCCACAACUGGUGUUCUCCCCUAUUCAGUUCGAAGCAGUGUAACAUCUUGACGACGAUUAGUGCCUUUGCCUGGAUCGGGUGGUCCCUAUUGACGAUCAUCUUCGUCUUGUCAACGAUCGCCCUUGUUUCUGGAGAAGCUGAACCGACUACAACCGCCCCUGCCACUGCAAAGGACAGAAUGGCGGAAACUUCGGCGCAAGGCACCCAGCAGCCUGCCACUACAACCCAGCCAGCGGCCCAGCCAGCUACACAGCCAGCUACACAGCCAUCCACCCAGCCAGCUACCCAGACACCGGCGACUCAGGCUGUAUGA